GGGUGUGAGGGAUCCCGGGGGUGUGUGAGGGGUUCCCGGGGAUCUGUCAGGGAUCCCUGAUGUGUCCCGGUUAUCCCUGAGGUGUCCGGGGCUCUCUGACGUCUCCCGGGUGCCGCCGCUCCCGCCAGGCGCUGCUGCGUCCGCAGCGAGGUUUUGGGGCGGGCCGGUCCCGCCGGGGCUCGUGUGAGGCCAUGGACGGCAGCGGGAGCCCGGAGCGGGGCCCCGGGGCGCUGGGGGAGCCGAGCGGGCUGCUGGAGGCGGCGGAGCCCGGGGAGCUGCGGGAGCGGCCCGGGGAGCUGCGGGAGCGGCCCGGGGAGCUCCGGGAGCGGCCCGGGGAACUGCGGGAGCGCUUCGGGGAGCUCCGGGAGCGGCCCGGGGAGCGGCAGGAGCGGUCCGGGGAGCUCCGGGAGCGGCCCGAGGAGCGGCGGGAGCGGCCCGGGGAGCUCCGGGAGCGGCCGGGGGAGCUCCGGGAGCGGCCCGGGGAGCUCCGGGAGCCGGGCGCGCUGCUGGGGGCGGCGGAGCCCGCGGCGCCGGCCGAGCUGGAGGCUGCGGGCCCCGGGGCGCUGCGGGACCUGACCGCGCUGCUGGCGGCGGCGGAGCCCGCGGCGCUGCCGGACCUGACCGCGCUGCUGGCGGCGGCGGAGCCCGGCGCGCUGCGCUCGGCGGGGCCCGCGGCGCUGGCCGGGCUGGCGGCGGCGCUGCGCGGCCUCGCGGCUCCGCCGCGCCGGGAGCAGGACGGGGCCGAGCCGCGGGGCCGGGACACGCCGCCGGCCGCCGCGGCGGAGCGGGCGGAGCGCGUUGGCGCCGCGUUCCUGCUGCUGCUGCGGAAGCUGGAGGGUGCCCGGGAACCCGUCCCGCUCCCGGUGCUGGGACACGCGUUCAUCUUUGCCGUCACGCACAAAGACGAGAGGCCCUGGACCUCGGCGAGGAGCCGGGCGGUGGCUCAGGAGCUGCUGGAGCGGCUGGUCCGGGCUGCGGGCUGCGGGUCCGUGGAGGAAUUCCUGCGGGGAAAGGAGGGGGAUGAGGAAGGAAGAUUUGGAGCGGUGAUGGGGCUCCUGAAGCAGGAGUUAACCAAAGACACCUGGAAGUGUAACCCUGCCUCCAAAGACGUGUUCUCCUGGGCUCUGCUCCGCGUCUGCCGGCCCUGGCUGUGCCCGCACCUGGAGCGGGUCCUGCCGCCCGCGCUGCUCCUCUCCGACGACUUCCAGGAGGAGAACAAAGUGCUGGGGGUGCGCUGCCUGCACCACAUCGUCCUCAACGUGCCAGGAGCGGAUCUGUGCCAAUUCAACAGGGCCCAGGUGGUGUUCCACGCCCUCUACAACCACCUCUACUCACGGGAGGCGCCUCUCCUCCAGGGUUGGGAUUCGUUGUUUUUUUGGAGACAACACGAGCUCAGCUUCCCCACGUCCCCAAACCAGGCGGUGCUGCUGUGCCUGCUGGACCUGCUGCCCAUCCUGGAGCGGUGCCAGCGGCGCCAGGGCCACGGCAGAGCCACGUCCCACUGGGACCAGGUGCUGCAGCUGCUGCUGACCCACAUGGAGGCCGAGCACCGGCUGGCGCUGCGCAGGGUCUACGCAGGGACCCUGCCUGCCUUUGUCACCAGACUCGGCAUCCUCAUCGUGAGGCACCUCAAGAGGCUGGAGCGAGUCAUCCUGGGCUACCUGGAGGUCUCUGAUGGCCCCGAGGAAGAGGCCAGGCUGGGAAUCCUGCAGACUCUGCAGUGCACCAUAGAGCACGCCUGGCCCAGGAUGCCCUGCAGGCUCCCCGUGCUCCUCAAGGCGCUGCUGAGGCUGCUCUGGGACGUUCACACCGAGCGGGGCCCGACCCCCGAGCCCGUCAGGGCUGCCCUGCUGCACGGGGCCACCCAGUGCCUCAUCCUGCUGGACCGCUGCUGCCAGGGCCGGGUCAAGGUGCUGCUGGCAGGGCUGCACAGCAGCUGCGAGGAGAACCGGCUGCGGGAGUGCCUCAGGAAGGUGCAGGAGAGCACCUGAGCUGCCUGACACCGCUCACCCCCCUUUUGUACAAUAAAACUGUAUUUAUU